CACCCAAUUGUUGCUUCCAUUAACUAUUUUUUCUAUAAAUAUGUGUAUUCCGUUACGAAUUCUUGUUUAUGUUAAAAUAUAAUCCAAUCCGUUUGUUUAUUUCAAAAAUGAAAAUGCCUCAAACAGGUGGGGAUGAUAAAGCCGAGACAACCAAGGUUGAUGAUGAGAAGCUUCAGUCUCAAUGGACUGGUAUUGAGAGAUUACCAACAUUUGAAAGGAUCAAUACUGCUUUGUUCUGCAGAAGAGAUGAACAAGGGAAGAGGAGAGAAACACUACAAGUCAUGGAUGUUUCUAAGCUUGAAAAUCUUGAUAGACAUCUCUUCAUCGAUGACCUCAUUAAACAUGUUGAGAAUGAUAAUCUCCUUUUGUUGCAGAAAAUUAAGAAGAGAAUCGAUGAGGUUGGGAUUGAGUUACCAACGAUUGAAGUGAGGUUCAAGGAUCUUUUUGUUGAAGCAGAGUGUGAGAUAGUUUAUGGGAAGCCAAUCCCAACUCUUUGGAAUGCUAUUGCAAGCAGACUAUCUAGUUUCAUGUGUUUGAAGCAAGAAAAGAAAAUAAGCAUCUUGAAUGGUGUCAGUGGUAUCAUAAGCCCUAAAAGAAUGACUUUGUUGCUUGGUCCACCUGGUUGUGGUAAAACCACUCUGCUACUCGCACUAGCUGGAAGACUCGACCCUUCUUUGAAGACCAGAGGAGAUGUUAGUUACAACGGUCACUUAUUAUCAGAGUUUGUUCCUGAGAAAACCUCAAGUUAUGUAAGUCAAAACGAUCUGCACAUUCCAGAGCUUAGUGUGAGAGAGACACUCGAUUUUUCAGGAUGUUUUCAAGGCACAGAAAGCCGUUUAGAAAUGAUGAAAGAGAUUACUAGAAGGGAGAAACUGAAAGGAAUAGUUCCAGAUCUUGAUAUAGAUGCGUACAUGAAGGCAAUUUCAAUUGAAGGUUCAAAAUCUAAUCUGCAAACUGAUUAUAUUCUAAAGAUCCUAGGACUUAAUAUAUGUGCAGAUACACGCGUUGGAGAUGCUUCAAGACCAGGAAUAUCUGGUGGCCAAAAGAGAAGAUUAACUACAGGUGAGACAAUUGUAGGUCCAAUCAAAACUUUGUUCAUGGAUGAAAUAUCGAAUGGCUUGGACAGCUCAACUACGUUCCAGAUCAUUUCAUGUCUCCAACAGUUUGCACAUCUCUCUGAAGGAACCAUACUGGUUUCACUGCUUCAGCCUGCACCAGAAACGUUUGAGCUUUUCGACGAUGUUAUCUUUAUGGGAGAAGGAAAGAUAAUCUACCACGGUCCACGGGAUCAUAUUUGUAGAUUCUUUGAGGAUUGCGGAUUUAAAUGUCCAAGUAGAAAAUCUGUUGCUGAAUUCCUUCAGGAGGUUAUCUCAAGGAAAGAUCAAGAACAGUACUGGUGUCACGUAGACAAACCAUACUCUUAUGUCUCUAUUGACACAUUUGUAGAGAGAUUUGAAAAGUAUGAUCUUGGGUUACAACUACAAGAUGAACUCUCCAAGACACAUGACAAGUCUCAGAAUCAAAAAGAUGCCUUAUGCUUUAGAAAAUACUCACUUAGUAACUGGGAGAUGCUAAAAGCUUGCUCAAGGAGAGAGUUUCUUCUGUUGAAACGAAACUCUUUUAUUUACGUGUUCAAGUCUGGACUCUUAAUUUUCGUUGGAUUCAUUGCGAUGACUGUUUAUCUACGGACUGGUUCUACAAGAGAUGCUGUUCAUGCUAAUUACCUUAUGGGUUCUUUGUUCUUCUCUCUCUUUAAACUUCUUGCUGAUGGACUUCCAGAACUCACAUUGACACUCUCAAGGAUUGCCGUUUUCUGCAAGCAAAAGGAGUUAUACUUUUACCCUGCUUGGGCUUAUGCAAUUCCUUCAGCUAUUUUAAAGAUACCACUUUCGUUUCUUGAAUCGUUCCUCUGGACUUUUCUGACAUAUUAUGUCAUUGGUUACAGUCCUGAGAUCAGCAGGUUCUUUCGCCAGUUCUUGAUAUUCUUUGCGUUACACCUUUCAUGUAUAUCCAUGUUCCGUGCUGUAGCUGCCAUCUUCCGUGAUUCUGUUGUUGCCACAACUAUGGGAAACAUCUUUAUAAUGCUUCUCUCAUUAUUCGGAGGAUUCAUCGUUCGAAAACCUUCCAUGCCAGCUUGGCUCGAGUGGGGAUUCUGGUUAUCUCCAUUCUCAUACGCUGAGAUUGGUCUAACCGCAAAUGAAUUUUUCGCUCCACGGUGGAGUAAGACAACAUCUGAAAACAGAACUUUGGGGGAACAAGUUCUAGAUUCUCGUGGACUGAACUUUGGUAACCAAUCUUACUGGACUGCCUUUGGUGCAUUAGUUGGCUUCACACUCUUCUUCAAUACUGUCUUUGCAUUGGCCUUGACCUUCCUAAAGACUUCACAGAGGUCUCGAGCUAUUGUUUCUCGUGAUCAGAAGAAGAAAAAACGUUCUUACCUUGCUUCCCAAUCCAACCAUGCAUUGCCUUUCGAGCCCCUAACUUUCACAUUUCAAGACGUGCGAUAUUUCAUCGACACCCCUCAGGGGAAGAAGCUGCAACUUCUCUCUGACGUAACAGGCGCAUUCAAGCCUGGUGUUCUCACUGCUCUAAUGGGUGUGACCGGAGCUGGGAAGACGACUCUGCUCGAUGUUCUUUCCGGAAGGAAAACCCGCGGUGACAUUGAAGGACAUAUACAAGUAGGUGGUUACCUUAAGGUUCAAGAAACCUUUGCAAGGGUUUCAGGUUAUUGCGAACAGUUUGAUAUUCAUUCUCCCAAUGUAACCGUCGAAGAGUCCUUAAUAUACUCUGCUUGGCUUCGAUUACCUUCAAACGUCAGUUCACAAACAAAGCGAGAAAUAGUCAAAGAAGUUCUUGAGACAAUAGAGCUCGAGGAGAUUAAAGAUUCCAUAGUAGGACGUCCAGGAAUCAGCGGUUUGACAACAGAACAACGCAAAAGACUAACAAUAGCUGUGGAGCUUGUUGCUAAUCCUUCCAUCAUAUUUAUGGAUGAACCAACCACAGGAUUAGAUGCGAGAGCUGCUGCGAUUGUAAUGAGGGCUGUGAAGAACAUCGCUGAGACUGGCAGGACAGUUGUUUGCACAAUCCACCAGCCGGGCAUAGAUAUCUUUGAAGCCUUUGAUGAGCUGGUUCUGAUGAAAAAUGGAGGAAAGAUUAUCUAUUAUGGAAGUCUUGGACAACACUCAAGCAAUGUUAUUGAAUACUUUAUGAGGAUUCCAGGUGUUCCAAAAAUGAAAGAGAACACUAAUCCAGCAACUUGGCUACUAGACAUUACUUCUAAAUCAUCAGAAGACAAACUUGGUGUUGAUUUGGCACAAAUAUACAAGGAAUCUUCUUUGUAUAAGGAGAACGAAAUGGUAGCUGAGCAAAUGAUAUCUAAGGCAUCAGAAGAAUCAAUCUCCUCUACCGGAUAUGCUCAAACGGGUUGGGAACAAUUCAAGGCAUGCCUCUGGAAACAAAAUCUCUCUUACUGGAGAAACCCUUCCUACAAUCUCACUCGUAUCAUCUUCAUGAGUAUUACUUCUAUGCUCUGUGGCAUUUUGUUCUGGCAAAAGGCUAAUGAAAUAAACAAUCAACAAGAUCUUUUCAACAUAUUUGGCUCAAUGUUCACGGUGGUUCUUUUCUCUGGUAUAAACAAUUGCUCUACAACGUUACUAUGUGUUGCAACCGAACGAAAUGUCUUCUACCGUGAAAGAUUUGCUCGGAUGUACACCUCAUGGGCGUAUUCUCUUGCUCAGGUGCUGGUUGAAGUUCCAUACUCAAUAUUCCAGUCUAUUAUAUAUGUAACAAUCGUAUAUCCUAUGGUUGGCUACCACUGGUCAGUCUACAAAGUGUUUUGGAGCUUCUACACUAUCUUCUGCUCGUUGCUCAUCUUCAACUACUUUGGCAUGCUUUUAGCCAUCGUAACACCAAACAUUCACGUUGCUUCUGCACUCCGCUCGUCCUUUUACUCAAUCGUCAAUCUCUUUGCUGGUUAUGUCAUUCCAAAACCUAGCAUGCCGAGAUGGUGGAUAUGGAUGUAUUACUUGAGCCCCACGUCAUGGGUUUUGAAUGGAUUGCUCACAUCGCAGUAUGGUGAUAUGGAGAAAGAGAUAAUGGUGUUUGGAGAGAAGAAGAAACUUUCAGAAUUUGUAGAAGGCUAUUUCGGUUACAGAUAUGAGUCUUUGGCUCUUGUAGCUAUCGUUCUCAUUGCCUUCCCCAUUCUCUUGGCAUCUCUUUUCGCAUUCUUCAUCGGUAAACUCAAUUUCCAAAAGAAGUGAUUCUUGUAAUGUCUUAUACUGUACGAAAAUAAAAGUUUAGAAGAUUUGGUGAACAAAUUUUCACCAACAAGUUUAUCUAACGUCUCUCGAAAACAGAAGUGAUAUGUCAAAAAAAAAUGUUUUGGUUUU